AUGCAAGUAGCCACAUACUAUGUCACUGCAGCUGGCGUACCAAAUCGCCUACGCGCAGGGUUAAUUUCACACAGCACCAAUAGCUUUAAAGGACAUUGUGUGCCACGAACUGCGCAUGACAUUGUGCAUGCUUAUGGCUAUAUCCGCAAGGCUACUUUGGGUGUAGCGCCUGUGCUGCCUAUAGGAUAUAGCUUGCUGGCCGGGGGUCCAUGCUAUGUCCGACUGACUUGGUUGAAUGUUGGAGGGUUGUUGCCUGCGGAUUGUCUUUGCAUGCGUGAUAUCAGGAAUACUGAAGUUAUUCUUUCUGCUACUUUGGAAGAAGGCUUCUGUAUCGUUGAUUCCAGUCCUCACCGGCUACUUUGUGCUGGGGCAGUGUAUCUGGCUAUCCAACAUAUCGUUGCUUGCGUGUAUCAACUGGACUGGAUUGAUUCAGCAUGGCUCAGAGAGAAUCCUGAGGGCUGUCAAGGCAGACUGGUUAUACUAUAUUUCUUUUGA